GAUUGGCCUUUACUUUAGAGACCGCCUUAGAACGACACAUUUUAGCAAACAGCUGCGAGUUAUCGAAGGGGGAUAGAAUUGCUCGAGCGGUUGAAUGUUGGAUAAGUUAGUUAUUUUUUGGUAUAGAAAAGCAUCAGUUUGGUCAGUGUUUUAUUUGUAUUGCGCCUGUUCCGACGUUGAUUUAACAUUAGCUCAUCGGGUGGGGGUGCGUUUAGCUAGGUAGAUGAAACGGCUAAUGGUUGAUAGUUUGGUAGUGAAGAACUAAAGAGGAAAGAAACAAACAAAGGAGGGUGACUGCGUUGGUUUCGGUCGAAAUAGUCCGACUUUUUAAGCUGUGAGUGGGUUAGUGUUCCAGUUACACAGAUACGGGAGAGCCGGUUACUUGUUCGGCCAGUUAGAACGCCGUUAGCUAGCCCGACGUUUUUGUUUUUGUUUGUGUGGGAGGCUUGUCGAAAUAGCAGCUAAAGCUAAUAAUUUACGACGGAACAAGUGUUGUUAUCGAGGUUAAACAAAAGGAGGACCCUUUCUCGAUAACUUGGGCGACUCGAUAGCUAGUUUCUGUCCGUUUUUUUUGGGAGGGGGGGUUCGGAGAGCUAUUUAGCUGGUUAACUGGUUAGCCGGGGGGAAGCUAAACGGGUUGCGGCGGAAUAUGGCUCAGCAUGGACAACAUGUAGCGAGCUCCCAAAAGGCGUUAAUGUUAGAGAUGAAGAGUCUCCAGGAGGAGCCGGUCGAGGGCUUUAAGAUAACUUUGGUGGACGAAGCCGACCUGUACAACUGGGAAGUUGCGAUUUUCGGACCCCCGAACACCCACUACGAAGGCGGAUAUUUUAAGGCUCGUAUCAAGUUCCCCAUCGAUUACCCAUACUCCCCACCGGCCUUUCGCUUUCUUACCAAGAUGUGGCACCCAAACAUCUAUGAGAACGGUGACGUCUGCAUCUCCAUCCUGCACCCUCCAGUGGACGACCCCCAGAGCGGGGAGCUGCCCUCGGAGCGAUGGAACCCCACGCAGAAUGUCAGGACCAUUCUUCUGAGCGUUAUCUCUCUGCUGAAUGAGCCCAACACCUCAUCACCAGCCAACGUAGACGCUUCUGUCAUGUACCGCAAGUGGCGGGACAGCAAGGGCAAGGACCGGGAGUACACCGAGAUCAUCAGGAAACAGGUGCAGGCUACCAAAGCAGAGGCAGAGCGCGAUGGCGUGAAGGUGCCCACCACGCUGGCGGAGUACUGCGUCCGGACGCGCGCGCCGCCCCCCGACGAGGGAUCGGACCUUUUCUACGAUGACUAUUAUGAUGACGAGGAGCUGGAGGAUGAGGCCGACGAAGAUUGUUGCUACGACGAGGAUGACUCUGGAACGGAGGAUUCGUGACGCCCUUCCUGCCCGACGGACGCUAAACUCGUUUCCCUUCCCCAUCUCAGCCCUUCACAGAUCAGCUCAGAGUGCCCGGCUGCAUCCCCCCCCCCCUUUUAAAUACAAAUCAGUUUUUGGAAGCACUACAAACGUUU